UAGAACUUUCCUCAGUGAAAUCGACAGAGCACAUUUCAACAGAAAUAAAGAAGUGAAGUGAAGCUGAAUUUCAUUCCAGGAUGAAGAUCCUCCUCAUCGUCACUCUCUACCUGAUCUCAGUAUUGAUCAGAAAGUUGAAGCCACAGGAUGCUGGAACAUACAGAUUUGGAUUGGGGAAUCAGAGUAACUCCACUGUGAACCUAAAAGUUCUUAAUAAUGCAGCUUGUGGGGUGCCAAAAAUAAUGAACGCUUAUCUUGGCCAGAAUAUCACCAUCACCUGUAACUAUCCAGGGGAGUAUGAGAGAAUCUACAAAUAUCUCGACACAGUGGAUGAUGACAGUAUGAUUAAAAUCCUUUUGAAUACUAGCACAAACCUGAAGAACGGCAGAUUCUCCAUUUCUGAUGACAGAAAUGCAAAAGUUCUCAGUGUGAACAUCAGCGACGUGAGAGAAACUGAUGAAGUAUUUUAUUUACUUGGCGUGUGGAUUGGAGACGGGUCAGUCGGAUAUUACUCCUACUUUAUCGAGAUGUGGCUACAUGUUACAGGAGUGAGCGCAACCGUUCAACCAGUAACAGGCACCUACACGAUGACAUCAGCAGCACCGACAGAAACUCCAGUGUGUUUCAGUUCCACUGCCAUCAUCAUCAGUGUGUGUGUCAGUGUGUGCGUGUGUCUGCUGCUGAUUGGAGGAUUUGCACUGGUGAUCUACAAACUGAGACAAAAGAGAAUGCAAGAUUAUACGCCUUCAUCAAAGAGUAAAGACAAUAAACAAGUUGCGUCUGAUUUUCAUGCUGAUACAGCUAAUUUGUAUGAAAACUUGAGAAUGAAUGCAAUAUGA